AUGGCUUCACAACAACAAUUCCGUAAUGUAGACCCAACAAUUUGGCUAGAAUUUGCUGGAGAUUCUUUCACAAUUCCGAAACUCCAUUCUAAAGUAUAUUAUUUUCCAAUAGGCCAUUUAGAACAAUGUCCUAAAACCCCUAGCACUCAAGCACCCUCCCUCUUCAGUCCAUUCAUUAUUUGCACAGUCUCCUCUGUUGAUCUCCUUGCAGAUCCUGAAACUGAUCAAAUCUUUGCAAAACUACUCCUCACUCCCGUCAUUGACGCAACUGUUGUUCCUCUCGAGGUUAUCAAUGAAGAAGACAAUGGUGAUCAUGUUGUUUCCUGUGCCAAGACUCUAACUAUUUCUGAUGCUAACAAUGGAGGUGCAUUCUCUGUACCUAAGGCCUGCGCCAAAUUAAUCUUUCCGCAGCUUGACUUGACUACUUCAUUGCCGUCUCAAGAACUCUCCGUCACAGAUGUUUGCGGUGUUGUCUGGACCUUUUCCCACGUCUAUCGCGGGAAUCCCAAGCGACACUUAUUCACCACUGGCUGGAGUGCAUUUGUUGACAAGAAGCAACUCGUCGGUGGGGAUACCCUUGUUUUCAUUAAAAACUCAGCUGGAGAGAUAUUUGUUGGAAUCCGCCGCAAAAAUAUGUUCGGUGCCCCUAAUAAAAUAACCGACCAGGCGGUUAUCAAUGCAGUAGAAUUGGCUGUGAAGAAUACACCAUUUGAAGUCUUGUGUUAUCCAACGGUUGAUGGUUUUGAUUUUGUGGUGGGAGAUAAAGUUUUUGAGGAUGCAAUGAAGAUUGAUUGGAAAACUGGAAUGAGAGUUACUCACAAAGUGAAGGGACGUUCAACUUUUCAUGGGACAAUAUCUGCAAUCUCCCAUUCUCAUCCAUGGUGCAUGCUAGAGAUUAAAUGGGAUGAACUCAACGUUUCGGAGAAUCUAAAAUAUGUAAAUCCGUGGCAAAUUGAACCUGAUUUUGACAUACCUUUACUGCAUCAACUAUUCCCUCCAACAAAACGGCUAAGAGUUUCUCAAGAGUUUGGCUUAUUAAGUGAUACAAAGAGAACUUCUUCAGUUUCAAUGGUUUCAUUGGAACCCUUGAACCAAACACUUUUGAAUUUUGAUGGCAUACUAAGAGACGGGCAAAAUCAUUUUUCCACAUCAACUACACCCAACUCUUUGAAAGAUAGUUCAUUUGAGAAAAGUUUAAUGAAAGGGUCUAAUAAUGUGCCAACUGAGAUAAACACUAGCGGUCAUAUAUUUGAUAACCGUGAUAACUUGAACUCUUCUAAAACAAAGUUAAUUGAUAUCCACAACAGCAACACCGAAAUAGUUAGACCUGAUUAUAUAAUAUUAUUUGGUAAGAUCGUGCGGCCUGCUGAAAAAAAUUUGGAUGAUUCUGCUAUUAUACGAGCUGAUGGUCGUGAGAUGAGCAAUAAAGUUGAAGAUACAAUCAAAUCUAUUGAAAAGAAAUAG